GAGAGACAGGCGCGCAGACACACGAGCGCGCACACAGACACAGAAAGCACCAGCUCUCGGGGUUCCGCUCUACACCAUCCGCUUGCAGGGCUGCAGAACGCAGCUGCCUGAGCUCGGUGCACCCGGUGGCCCGCUGGCCGGAGGUGCGAGGUAGAGUAGGUAGGCUACGGCCCCCCGGAACCGGGAGAGUGCAGCGCAGAGAAGGAAUUCUCCUAUCCAGUCUACUCCAGGAGCCCCUACCUGAAGGAAGAAGGGACCAGAGGAGCGGAGCAAGAGGAUUAACUACAUUAGCGGAGCUGGCCAAGCGAAGAUGCUACGAUUUGUCUUUUGCCUCCAGGAUCCUCUAAGGUGAAAACUGGUUCACUUCAAGCUCUUUGAACUGGUUAAGGGCAGCCCAUUGUUACAAAGCAGCCAUGGAUCUGGAGUUUGAGCUACCCAAUGGGAGUCGAAUAUGGUCACCCCCUUUUUUUGACCCUAAUGGGUCAAUGGCAUCUGCCAACAGCUCAAACAAAACAGAGACAUACUAUGACCAGACUAGCAAUGCCAUUCUCACCUUCAUCUACUUUUUGGUCUGUAUCAUUGGGUUGUGUGGUAACACACUGGUCAUUUAUGUCAUCCUCCGUUAUGCUAAGAUGAAGACCAUCACCAACAUCUACAUCCUUAACCUGGCCAUUGCUGAUGAGCUCUUCAUGCUGGGUCUGCCCUUCUUGGCCAUGCAAGUUGCCUUGGUCCACUGGCCCUUUGGCAAGGCCAUUUGCCGAGUGGUUAUGACUGUAGAUGGCAUCAACCAGUUCACCAGCAUCUUCUGCUUGACUGUUAUGAGCAUCGAUCGUUACCUGGCUGUGGUCCACCCCAUUAAGUCAGCCAAGUGGAGGAGACCCCAGACAGCCAAGAUGAUUAAUGUGGCUGUGUGGGGACUCUCCCUACUGGUCAUCUUGCCGAUCAUGAUAUAUGCUGGUCUCAGGAACAACCAAGGUGGGAGAAGCAGCUGCACCAUCAACUGGCCAGGUGAAUCUGGGGCGUGGUACACAGGGUUCAUCAUCUACACCUUCAUCUUGGGAUUCCUAGUGCCCCUCACAAUCAUUUGCCUUUGCUACCUGUUUAUCAUUAUCAAGGUCAAGUCCUCUGGAAUCCGAGUAGGCUCUUCAAAGAGGAAAAAGUCGGAGAAGAAGGUCACCCGCAUGGUAUCAAUAGUGGUAGCUGUCUUUAUCUUUUGUUGGCUUCCCUUCUAUAUAUUCAAUGUUUCUUCAGUCUCGGUUGCCAUCAUGCCCACUCCAGCCCUCAAGGGCAUGUUUGACUUUGUGGUGGUACUUACCUAUGCCAAUAGCUGUGCCAACCCCAUUCUAUAUGCUUUCUUGUCUGACAACUUCAAGAAAAGCUUCCAGAAUGUCCUCUGUCUGGUCAAGGCGAGUGGCACAGAUGAUGGGGAGAGGAGUGACAGUAAGCAAGACAAGUCUCGACUCAAUGAGACCACAGAGACCCAGAGAACUCUCCUCAAUGGAGACCUCCAGACCAGCAUCUGAACCUUCUCUAAGAAACUUCUAUGUUUAUACCCAUUGGCUAUAUUCUUUUUUCCAAUCUAUUGCAGCCUUGUCCUGGAGAAAGAAGACAGUUGUUCUGGGGGAAUUCUAAUGAGAGAACAGUAUUUGAACUUGCUUGUCCGAGUACAUGGUAACAAUACACUAAAUUUGUUACCUCCUCACUUAAAGUGAACAAUUAGAAUGCAGGAAGGCUGUUCAAAGUGGGUGGAGAGAAAAGGAUUUUACUUGGGUAUGAUUUCCAGGAAUGCGGAGCGAGACUCAUCAAGAAUAGAGAUCUGUAACUGUGUUUGUCUUUCAAAUAUGUUAAUGUGAUCACGUAUUAUUAUAUGAGUAUUUGCAUCCUACAAAUUUAUAUCCAUAUUUGUAGCUAUUCCCUUUAUAGUUAUUGCCUCAAUUCCUUGUGUUUGUGUAUACAUGCUUCCCAUAGACAAUCGUAUGUAAUCUAGAUGGAUGUUGAGUGCAGAAACGUACACAGAUAUGUAAUACUUUGCUGAGUUCAGGCAAAUAAUUUUUAAGCCUGAGGAAUGGAAAAGCAAAAAGCUUUUGAAGAAUCAGAACAUAUAUUCACAUGUUCUGUCUGACAUACUCUACGGAUUAUUUAUUUAUUCAAGUGAAUUGAAGCAGUAGUGAUUGUUGAUUAUUGUAUUUAUCGAGACAAACUCAUCUUUGCUAGAGUACUGUAUUUCUCCAUUUUAAAUUGCUUUAAUUUAGGGAACUGGGAUUGAGGGUGGGGUGGGGGUGGACAUUAUAAAGCAAAUUUUAAAAUGGAUCAUGAUUCUUAUGGAGAUCACUUUUAUUGUCCCUACAGUGGAAACUAAUAAAAAAUGAAGUAAAGAACAACACACAUUAGAAAAAAAAUGAAAUUGUCACAACAGCCAGAGAUGGUAGUUAUAUUGAUAGAUGGAUGCAUAGAGUGUUAAUUAAGUGCUAUGUGCCAAUCACUGUGCUAAGCAUAGGAGUUAAAAAUACAAACAAGCAAAACAGUUCCUGUCCUCAAAGAUCUUACAUUCUAAUGAGGGAGAACAAUCCAUACAGGGGUGCUGGAAAGGGUUGGGGUAGGAGAAAGGCUAUGGACACAGUAGCAUGGUUUGGAGCUGGUGGCUGGGAAAUGAGGGACGUGACCGGGUCCGGGCAAGAUACGGUGUCAGAGUCGUAGGUGGUUACAGGGAUUCAUUCUGAGGUUCCUGUGGGCAUGAUGGCCAGAGUAUAGUCAACAUGGUUUGGAGCUGGAAGUAAUUUGACUUCUUAAUGAAAAGAAAUGGAAAUGGAAUCAAGGGUCUCUUCAAAGGAGUUUUUAA